AACUAAAGGUAUGCUCAGUGUGGACCGUGAGAGUGUACUUCUUACAGCUGUGAGGGAGAUUCUAUCUCCAAACCUCAUAGUUUGUGUUAAUAUAAUAGCCGGGAUACUUUAUGGCUUUUAUAAUAAGCGUCUAAAAGAUCACAGAGAGUGGAUCACCCAGCGGCCCGAGCUGAGACCCCUGUCAGACUCCUGCACCCUCUUCUGACUCAGAGGUCUCCAAGAUGGUCUUGCCCUCGUCACACUCCUCGAGGCUCAAGUAUGUGUCUCUGGGGGUGCUGGUGUUGCAGACCACCUCGCUGGUGCUCACAAUGCGCUACUCCCGCACCCUGAAGGAAGACGGCCCCCGCUACCUGGCCUCAUCUGCCGUGGUGUCGGCCGAGGUGCUCAAGAUCGUCACCUGCACCCUCCUUGUCUUCAUGGAGAACAAUUUCAGUUGCCGGGCAAUGAACCAACUGCUGAAGGAGGAGAUUGUGUACAAGCUGUCACAGACCCUGAAGCUGGCCAUUCCUGCAGGGAUCUACACGCUGCAGAACAAUCUGCUCUAUGUUGCCUUAUCCAACCUGGACGCAGCAACAUAUCAGGUCACAUACCAGUUGAAGAUCCUCACCACAGCACUGUUUUCUGUCUCCAUGCUGGGGAAGAAGAUGGGUCGGUACCAGUGGCUCUCACUUCUCUUCCUCAUGGCUGGAGUCACUCUAGUGCAGUGGCCUGCUGACUCUGAGGGAGACACUGAGCAGAAGGUCCUGUGUGCAGGUUCUCAGUUUGUGGGGCUGAUUGCUGUGUUGAUGGCGUGUGUGUCCAGUGGCUUUGCUGGAGUUUACUUUGAGAAAAUCCUCAAGGAGACUGAACAGAGUGUGUGGGUCCGAAACAUUCAGCUGGGUUUUUUCGGCUUAAUGUUUGGCAUAGGAGGAAUGAUAGUAUAUGACGGCCAGAGAGUGAAACAGUGGGGAAUGUUUCAGGGUUACAGCGUCAUCACCGGCACAGUUGUUGUCUUACAGGCUGUGGGCGGCUUGGUCGUAGCAGUGGUCAUUAAAUAUGCAGACAAUAUCCUCAAAGGAUUUGCCACAUCUCUGUCCAUCAUUGUGUCUGCAAUUAUUUCGUAUUUCAUGCUAGAGGACUUCAACCCUACAAGAGUAUUUUUUUCAGGGGCGGUGCUGGUCAUUGCUGCCACAUUUCUGUACGGCUACGAGCACAAGCCUGCUAGUAGCACCACCGUCAAAGUGUAAACAGAGGCCUCUGUGAACUGUGCUACCUGAAUGAGGUGAUCACAGGCACUCAAAAAACACUCCAUGAACUGUGAAAGGUAGGUUGGUAUACAGAAUUAAACAGAGCUGGAAAAGUUGCUGAAUUUCAACUUGAAAACGUUGAGCCUAAAAGUGCUCCAAAUAAUCCUCUGGAAACAUGCUGCUUUGCUACAAAGAUGGAGGACAAUAUUUUGGUGGUGUGUCUUUAAAAGUUUUUAAUUUUUAAAAAAAUCUUUUUUAAUAUAAUGUAAAAUGUUUGCAAUAUAAUGUUUCUUAUCAUUUUCUUAUCAGGAGAACAUUGAGGCUACCUUACCAUGUAAACAGACGGUGUUACAGUAAAAUGAACCUUAACUGAUUUAUCCCUGGAAAACCACAGCCAGACCGACAUAUGGGUUAGCCAAUGUUAUGUGCAGUUGUGCCUACUACAGAUACAUUGGCAUAAUCUGUAGGUUUUUGAAUUGAUAUUAAACUUUUUGACAGAUAUAUGUAGCAGAAAACAACAAUAUGUUUGAAGAAUUAAUGAUGUCUUUAAAUUGUUUGUCUAGAAGAGCGUUCAUGUAUGUGCAGUCAUAUUGGUGAAAAAGAAACACAGGUCCACUUUUAUAACAGCUGAAAGAUUUACCAUAUUGGUCGACACCAAUAAGAACAUUUAAAAGGGAAAUGUUCUUAUUGGUCGACCUCUCAUAUUCUUAUAUUUGACAGGCUCUAAUGGUAACGCAAGGUUUCGAUUAAAGCGAUCAGGAGAACGACAUGACAAUAUGGCUUCAGAUAUUUGCCCACCUAAAUUGUGUAGUUCAGUAUGUCAAUCAUGUAUUUAUGUUUUAUGGGACAGAGAUGUCUGUACAAAAAAAGGUAUGCUGGGUGCUCCUGUCUCAAAGGGAGGAAAUUCCUUUGCAAAGCGUCCAUCUAUCGGUGGAAUCAGGAGCAGACUUGCUGCAGAGAGGAGGGGUUACCUCUUUUCAAAGAUGCUGAAUGUCUUUUUUUUUUUUUUUAUAAAACGGGAUAUGACUGCUCUCACACUACUUCUCAAAAUCUGAGCAUUUGUACGAAGGAGCUCAUUCCUGUGUUAUUUAAACAUAAACAUGAUGUUUUUAUGUAAGAACAGAUGAAUAAAUUAUGGCAUAUUUUAUGCUGAAACAACCA